UUUUUGUUGGUCACACGGGUACACGGACCUCCUUUUCGAACCAGUAGUUUGUUCUCCAGCUUUUGCUUCAUCUUCACUUUCAAAAUCCGCAAAUCUGCAACAACUACCUCCAUUUUCUCUCUCUUACACUCUCACUCAAUGCCAACCUCCGAUGGCUUAGCUCUAGAAUUCACCCCAACUCUACCACACCUUUCUCACUCCUCAGUCUCACCCUAUCUAUUCACUGGUGGUCUCUUUCUCGACUCCAUUAUUUCUCCUUCCUUUCUUAAUUGCAUUCCGAAUUCUUCUUCUUCUCGAAAUUAUGCAACUCCUCUAAAAAAGGGUAAGAGGGUAGUUUGUUUUAAGGGUGUUUUUUCAUCGGUUAGUUUGAAGGAUUUUACUUCUAGUAAUAAUGGAGGUGAAGAAAUUGUGGGGAUUAAGAAUGUGGGUUUGGAGAGAGAGAAAAUCGAGUUACCCAAACAUGGCGCUAUGAACCCCAGCAAGCAUUUGUGGGCUGGUGCUGUUGCUGCCAUGGUUGCCAGAACUGUUGUUGCCCCACUUGAGAGACUGAAGCUAGAAUAUAUUGUUCGUGGUGAGCAGAAAAACAUCUCGGAGCUUGUCAGGACAAUUGCUGUUACUCAGGGCUUGAGGGGAUUUUGGAAGGGAAACUUGAUUAAUAUUCUACGUACAGCUCCAUUUAAGGCAAUCAAUUUUUGUGCUUAUGAUACGUAUAGAAAGCAACUACGCAAACUGCAUCUCUUGGAGGGAACGCCAAAUCUUGAAAGGUUCAUUGCUGGAGCUGCUGCUGGAAUUACUGCUACUGUUCUGUGUUUGCCUUUAGACACUAUCCGGACCAGAAUAGUUGCUCAUGGUGGGGAAAAGUUGGGUGGUGUUGUUGGUGCUUUCCGUUAUAUGAUUCAAACAGAAGGAUUCUUUUCCCUUUACAAGGGAUUGGUUCCAUCGAUAAUGAGUAUUGCACCUUCUAGUGCAGUUUUUUAUGGGGUGUAUGAUAUACUUAAAUCAUCCUAUCUGAAUUCACCUGAAGGAAGAGAAAGGAUACAAACAAUGAAGUUACACGGGAAGGAUAUAACAGCUUUUGGCCAACUUGAAUUGGGACCUUUAAGAACCUUAUUGUAUGGAGCUAUCUCUGGUGCCUGUGCCGAAGCUGCUACCUACCCGUUUGAAGUAGUCAGGAGAAAGCUUCAAAUGCAAGGAGCAAAAUUGAGUACACCGGCAACUUUUCUUAAGAUAGUUGAGCAAGGAGGGAUUCCAGCUCUAUAUGCUGGACUGCUUCCCAGCGUACUUCAGGUACUUCCAUCAGCGGCAAUUAGUUUCUUUGUUUACGAGUGUAUGAAGAUAGUUCUCAAAGCAGAAUGAAGGGAAGCUGCAGCUGCAUUGAAGCCAUUUGUUGUUGGAGCCAUGGGCGAGCAUGUCAUGUAUUGAGAUUGGUUCAGCCAAUCCAUUUUGACAGCUUCUAGGAAAUUACGUUCCAACUUGGUUAGCUCGUGUCCAGUCAUCUUUCAGGGGAAGCGUAUGUUCUUCUCAUAUGAUCUUGAAUCUGGUGAGCCUUUCCUGUCGAUGCAUGUGCGUUUUGUCAGAAAGCAAAGUUGGUGUGGUCAGGGAUGCGCUUUCUUACUGUUAAAUGGGGAGCAAAUCUGGUGAAGUGCUGAGUGUAGCAGGACUUUCGAAUUGCCUUUAGGUUAGAGAAAAGUUUUUGGGUCCCGAACCUCCAUUUAGAAUUGUAAAUAAAUUGAGCUUUAGUUCAUUCUUUACCUUUAUGUUGAAAAAAUAUUCAUCUUGCCGUUGCGUUAUUUGGUCGUAUAUCUCCUUUUUUA